CACUUGAUCAAAGCGAUGCAACAACAAUAACUACUAAAUUAAUUUGGCUAUUUCAAAGUUAUGAUAUUAUUGACAAAUUAGUAGCUUUUGCUUCAAAUGGUGCAUCUGUAAUAAUUGGAUGUAAAAAUGCAUUAGCUUGCAAAGAUUCACAAAAGCAAAUUGAUUAUUUCAAUAAUGCCAAGACUAUUAUAAGAAACAUAUACAAAUAUUAUAAAAAUUCUGAAAAACGAGUUCAUAUUCUUCAAGAAUAUCAACAAAUUCUUGAUUGUCAUUUGGCAUCGUUAAAUAAAUUUUUCCAAAAGAGUAAUCUUUAUUUUCGAGAUAUUAUUCCUAUAAUUGAUGUUACAACUACAAUCAUUCAAAAAGAUUAUCUUGUAGAUACUUUAGAUGUUCGAAAUCAUUAUCUGGGCUAUAAUCUUCAACUUUUUAUUGAUCAUACAAAUCUAUUCAAUAAGCAAACAGGCGUAAAUUAUCAUACAUAUUUACUUAUAUAUAAUAAUCAUGAUUUUGAUGAUUUAUUUCAAGAUAUUUACAAAUAUGCAAGCACAAUUAUUACAGAAAUUAAAGAACGUUUUUCUGAUCAUCCUUUACUUGCAGCAAUGAGAAUUUUGAAUCCAGUAGAAUGGCCACGUAAAAAAGAAGAAUUAUUUGAAUUUGGAGACAAUGAAUUGCAAAUCUUAUUUGAUCAUUAUGGAACAGCAAAGACUAUAAAUGGUCAAAAAUUCUUACCAUUAAUUGAUGAAUUACAUCCCUUUCUAGUUCGUGAUUAUUUUGAUAUUUUUCCUAACAUGAUUAAACUUGCUCAUAUUACUAAUAGCAUUCCUUUUUCAAGUGUAGAUUGUGAACAUGAAUUUUCUAAACAAAAUACAAUUAAAACCCAUUUGC